UCAGUUCCGUGCUCUCUGACAUCUUGGCUUUAUUUCAUGGUCAUGGUCUCCCUCUUUAAGAAGUGAAUAUAUACAGUAGCAAAGAUCAUUGAUCAUUGUUUUGGUAAUGUACUGUAGGACAUGUUGGAUACAAGAAGCCAUAUGAGUAAAAGUGAGUCAUUUACAGGCCCACUGUAUGGGUUCAACCUAUCAUGUUCAGCAGUGGACGUGUCAAAGGGUCACGGAUUUUAUGUUUCAUCGGGAAGCCUGAAAUUUCCAAGUGGAGCACCGAGUCGUUUCCUUUUCGAGUAGAUGAGUGUUAACUUCUGGAAUUGUGAAUCAGCUGAGGUAUCGUCAAACCUUAUCAGCCUAGUCUGGAGCUACUCCUGGGUUUGCGCAACGAUGAAUCCAGUGGUCGUCGCCGUGACCGUAGGCCUGUCCCUGGUAUGCCUCACAGGACAAUUUGGCACAGAAGCAUCUGCAGCGGCUAUCAUCGUUACUCCGCCAGGGGUCUGUGUCUCGCCCGGGGAAUAUUUCCAACUGAAGUGGACAGCCAAGAGGGCGCACCCGACGGAUUCACUCCAAGUCCACUGCGAGAGACAGAAUGGAGAGAGGAUCACUAUCGACGGUCCCUCAAGUAACUUCACCACGGCCAGCACCAGAUGCUGCGACGCUGAAACGGCAUGCGUGCUGGAAACCACACUGACAGGGGUAGCUUCCGGCGAUUCUGGCUUUUAUUGGUGCGUGGCAAGCACGGAUGGCGAAGCCACCCUACACAGUGCAAGCAACGUACCCAAGGCAUACAUUUGGGUGAGCAACGUCACAGUGUUUUCCCUGUCAGAGCACAACAAACUGAUCACACCGGGCCUGAGCGAGAGUAUAACCUUCGAACUAAAGUGUGACUUCAGUGGAUUUUUCGAGGUCUGGGCAGACCUUGAAAACGGUGAAAGCAGACAGCUAGAACACAUCUGGGAAUGGGAGGAUCGUAGUUCAGACGGGGCACCUUUUAUCCAGGGGAAAGCCGGUCAGCGUCCGGUACUUGUGUUCCCCUCCCCGCGCUGUCGGGAUCAAGGGCUGUAUCGCAUCACCUACCGGGCUAGUAGGUUCUACAAGCCCGUCAAAACUGUACGGUAUCUGCGAAUAACUGUCAAUGAUACUUGCUCGGAAUUAGACAAGAAGAUAAAGACAUCCCCAACCACAAGUUCCAAGAUAACAACCAAUGAUGCUGUUAGCAAAAAUGAACGAUACAGUCCAGCCAACGAUUCGGCUACAAGAUGUGAUGCGAGCCAACGCGACAACAGUGAAACCAAGGGGUACAUCUUUGGUUUGGGAAUAGCGGCUCUCCUCUUGGUUCUGUUGUUACUCGCUUGUGGGUAUCUCUUUUACCAAAAUCGUCGACUCAAGGCAGUUGGAAUGGGUCAGAGUGACACAAAUGACGAGACUGUCAUGGAGCCUCUUAACGUCCAAUGAGCGGGUGGCCGGGAUUGACAGUGAUAUGGUCACUUUCGGUGUUCUGCAAAAUUCGGACUCUCGCAAACUCUCGUCCUUCCUUGGUGACUUCCCAGGCUCACAUAAGUGUCACACAAGAGGUGCGAUGGAAGUCAAGCGUGUAAUGGCCAACGAGCCCAUUUUUUCAGGGUCCAACUUUCGCACUUCACCGAUUGCCUAUAGAGACGAAUCGAGGAGCAGCAGUUUGCGGAGGAUGUAACAUUUAAGACAUUGCUAUGGUUUAGUAGAAUACAUUUUACGUUGUUGAAAUUAAGCGGUAGUGCUCACAAGGUGUCGGCUGAAAUUUAUUCGGUACAAGUUUUGACUCCCAGAUGGUACACGUCAUGCUGUUUACGUAAUUAUUUAUCAUGAAAAUAAAAAUAAAACACAAAUCCUUCUUAGAUACACUCAUCUAAACCCCGUGUGGAAAGAACUGAGCCUAAAUAUUAUAAUAUCCUUGUAGAUUGUGCAUGUCAACAGAUACGGUAUACCCAAAGAUUUCUGUACAGCAUAUUGACGAGCACACAAGUGUGCAAAGGUGGGUCAAGAACUACUUUUGGGGAGGCUCUUUUGGGGGGCCAAUGUUUUGGGAUUCCUUUUUGACCUUUUCUGGCCUUUCUAAGGGGUGAGGCUAAAUUGUGGGUGAUUUUGCACGCUUUAACUGUGGGAAGAAGGGAAGUGAAAAAGUCCCCCAAACUCGCCUUUCUCUCAUAAUGUUUUUAAUGGUCCAUUGCCCCCCUACAUGUAUCAGCUAACGUGUGGGCAGAAUGAAUUCGAAAUUGUGUUUUUGUCGAGUAAAAUCUUUUGUUUUUAUGUAUUGCUUAGAACGUUGCAGUUACAUAACACGGGCAAUUCACAAAAGUGCGCCUCCAAGAGUUUGGAACGCGUUGACCAAGCACAGUGCGUGACAUCGGUCGACCUCAUGGUCGACCCUUUCCAAACGCGCAUUGGGUCGACAGAUUUAGCGCACUGUGGUCGAGUUCGGGCGGCCUGUUCUUGGC